AAAAAUAUUUAUAAUUUAAAAAUCUACUCGUAAGAUCUAACAUUAUUAUUGGUGACACGUGACUCUUGUUUAUCAGAUCAGAAGUCGAGAGCGCAGUAUAUUUACAAAAAUGGCACUGGUCUAUACGAGACUUCUUUGUCGGCGUAAUGUCGAUUUUCGUCAUUUUCGGAAUCUAUACAUGUGCAGUCCCCUUAGCGCCGCAGUUUCGAAUCCUUCAGGUAUAACUUGUGAAUCUCAUGAUGAGAAGAAUAAGCGUCUAAAAAGACCAAUGUCACCGCACUUGACUAUCUAUGAAAUUCAAUUGACAUCAGUGCUCUCAGUAACGCACAGGACUACUGGUAUUAUGUUAGCCAGUUAUGCAAUGUUUUUAGGUUUAGGUACAUUACUUAUACCUGGUGGUAUUCCCUGCUUCAUAGAAACAGUGGAUAAUUUAUGUUUACCUUUACCUGUAUUGUAUAUCGGCAAACUCUUACUUGCUCUGCCUGCUACUUACCAUACAUUUAAUGGAAUGCGUCAUUUGGCUUGGGAUUUUGGAAAGUUUCUAACAAUUAAGGAAGUAUAUAGCACUGGAUAUUUAGUAUCUGCAUUAGCAGUGAUUUCUGCACUUGCACUUGCAGCAAUGUAAGUGUCACUUAUUAUAUUAGGAAAUAACUUUUCUUUAAAAUUAACUGUAUUGCCAGACUACUCUAAAUCUACAUUGUAUUACAAAAUUAUACCAACAACAUAAUAAAAUAAAUUAUUGGAACUAUCAU